AUGGCGAUGCUCAACGAUUUGAUGGGAUGGAAUUUCGCCUUCGCAUUUAUGGACUACGGGGACACAUGGAGGCAACACCGGAAGUUGAUGCACCAGGCGUUCCACCCAGCUGCUGCUGAAGGAUAUCGGCCUCAACAACUGAGAACAGCACGGAGUCUUGCCCACAGGCUUCUCACGACAAGUGACUUCCAUGCCGAUAUUCGCUACUGGGCAGGCCAAACCAUAUUGUCGAUCUCUUACGGCAUAGAUACCCAACCGAGGAACGACCCUUACAUCGAGAUCGCAGAGAAGGGCGUCUACCCCAUCCUCGAGGCCGCCGUUCCGGGCGCCUAUCUCGUGGACUCGUUUUCUAUUUUGAAAUACAUACCAGAUUGGAUGCCAGGGGCCUCGUUCAAGAAGAAGGCCAAGGAGUGGAAGGCUUGUGCAGACGAGAUGCGUGCUCGUCCUUUCGAGGCCACCCUACAAAAUAUAAAAGACAAAUCCGCGAAACCUUCGUUCACCCUCGACGGUCUAGAAAAGGUAGCUCAGAACUUUGGAAGUGCCUACACCGAAGAGAAUGUCAAAUCGGUGGCGGCGGGUAUGUAUCAAGCUGGAUCAGACACAACAGUAGCAGGCUUAUCAGUGCUCAUCCUCGCAUUGCUGGACCACCCACAUGUUAUCAAAAAGGUGCAGGAGGAGCUCGACUUGGUCACGGAACAGACACGAUUCCCGGACUUUGGAGAUGAAGGGUGUCUCCCAUAUCUGACUGCAGUUGUGAAAGAAACUAUGAGGUGGUGGACUCUUGGUCCUACUGAUGAAUAUAAGGGAUAUAGGAUACCGGCAGGCACUCUGGUGUUGGGAAAUGUCUGGGCGAUUCUGCACGACGAAAAGAUCUUUCCUGAUCCCUUCGUAUACAAUCCCGACCGCUUUCUAGACGAGACCAAGACGAUGAAGAAUUAUCUCACCGCCGCCUGGGGUUUCGGACGACGGUAG